AUGUCGCGCGCAGAGCGAUUCGACGACGAGCGGAAGAGAAUCACCGAAAGCUGCUUCUCCAAAACGGAUGACCAGGGCCAGCUCCAGGAAUCCUAUAUUACCCACAUUCGCGUCCAAGAAGAUGGCGGCUACCCGCAGUCCCCUCCACCGCCGAGCUCGGCCCCGUCGAACAAGAAGGCGCGCAUCAUCAUGAUAUCAGUGCGAAGCACAGGCAGGGUGAAGCUGCACAAAGCCAGGGAGAACGCCAACGGGUCCUUCUCCAUUGGAAAGUCCUGGCCUAUGGAGGAGCUUACUGCUGUCGAGAACUACACCCAUCUCAAUCCCAUCAGUGAAGAGGAGGCACAGCGGAAGUUAUGGGCUGGGGAAAAAGGCUUCACUGUGACCAUAGGCAAACCUUACUACUGGGAAGCGGGCACGGCAAAGGAGAAGGAGUUCUUUAUUGGAAGUAUGGUUAAGAUCUACAACAAGUACACUAAAGGCGACUUUCCUAUCCUGACAGGAUUCAGCGUGACAGAGCUGAACAGUCUGACUAACGGACAGCCGCAUCUCGCGUCACCAGAAGGCCGAGCUGCCGCAGCCAGUGGUCAGGGUGGUCAAAGUCCGUCCCAGAAGCGACCCGGGCCACCAGAUCAAAGACCGAUGCCUCCAAAGUCACCUGGACCACCACCGAGAAGACCUGGCGAAUCUCCGCCUAUAUCUGACGGGAGAGCGCUUCCACCUGGGGCAAAUCCAAACUUCCGGAGGCCUCCUGGAGAGCUAGGGGGGCCACCAAGAAGACCCGGACGACCAGACGAUUUGGGUAGACCGAGUACUGGGGAUGACGCCCGUAGGCCUCCGCAAUUCAUGCCGAAUUCAGUCUCGGUCGCGCCAUCUAUGCCCGACCUUCGCCAAAAGCGGUCAAUGGACCCAAGCAUUCGCUCUCGGCCUAGCGGCGAUAGUAUGCGGCCUCGUCCUGGCCAGGGACAAAGCCCUAUCCCACCGCAGUUCGCGUCUCGCAACUUGACCCCACAAUCUUCGAAUUCUGAAUUCGCUGGUCGGCCACGGACACCGGAUUCAGGCAACUUCCCAGCAAGCUUGAGUCCAGGGCGCGGGCCGCCACGCGAGGAUGCGCAAUCGCAACGGUCGGACAGAUCCCUUGACGAACCAUCAUUAGACGGCGCACCUCCAGGUAUUGCGCCACCAGACCCACGCAGACAGAACGGGUACCCCUCGCCUAGGAGAGAUCCGUCGCCCAGGGGUCUCAGGCCUGGAACAGCCCAAAGCGCUGGUCGACCAGGUACAGCUCAGAGCAACACCAGUUCAAACUUCACACGAAACGACGACAUGCCGCCAGAAGAACCACCUCAAAGGAGAAGGCCACUCAUGGAGCCCCGUCCGUCACAGAUGUCACAACGAAGUGUCGAUAGCCAAGGCGCAGAGCCACGCUCAACAUUUCAUACGCCCUCAGGCUCGCCUGCUCCACCACUGGAAGUACCGCCGCGGAGACGACCUCAGGAGAUACCCGAGAGACUGAAGCCCGUUUCUCAGGAAAACAUCGCGCCUCCCGCAGACCCACUGCCUUCUCGACCACCACAGCCUACGCCUCCUCCCACAUCACCCCUUCCACAAAUUCCGACUGCGCCAAUACCAGCAGCACCACAAGCUGAGGAAGUAGCGGCGCCUGCAACACCACCAACAGCGCCUGAGCCAGAACCGCUAGAACGCACCAAUUCAAUGCCUGAGGAUCAAGAACGCCCUGGACUUGGGCCAAUGGUCAAGAAGCCGCUGCUUAACGAUAAUGCGGCGACCAAGUUCCGCAAGGCAGCAGCGGCGGCAGGCGCAUUCAAGCCACGUGCUGGCGGAGCUGCUGCAAAGCUCUUCAACAAGGAGACGAAACAAUCCGAUGAAGCAGACGGCGUCAGCGCAGUGUUUGUGCCCCAGCGGCCAACACCAAAAGAAACGCCAAAAGAAACCCCUAAAGAAGAAGUUGAGCAGAAACUCGAAGAGCCCUCCAAAUCCAUACCAGACAGGUCAUCUAAAGAGCGACUGCGCGUUAGUACCGAGGUGGUUCCGUCUGUUACAGUCUCAGGCCCAGGUGAUCGCACUGUGGCUGGCGCUGUCCAAGAAGUGGAGGAACAGCCUGCUCCGCCACCUCCAGAAAAAGCAGCGUCAAGGAACAUUGAGCCUGAGCCCGAGGUGCGCCGAAAGAAGCGCCGGUCCAACCAACAGAUUGUCAACAUAUCCAAGCUUGGUAUAGAUCCGAACAUCAUUGACGAACGGGGACUGGAAUUUGAGAGCCUGCUGACUGAGCUGGGAUGGGGAAACAACGAGCUGUCCGCAAAGCACAUCGAGUCUCUGGAGAAUGACAUCAAACGUGAAAUCGCCCGCGUCGAGGCAGGGAGCUGGCUAAAUCACCUGGAGCAGAAGGACGAUCGCGUAGAGGCUGUUGAGCGCAUGUUGGACCGCGCGAUCGCCGAGUGCGAUGAGCUUGAGGGUCUGUUAACCCUAUACAACGUUGAGCUGAGCAGCUUGAAUGAUGAUAUCGCUUUCAUCGAAGCACAGAGUCAGGGUCUGCAAGUGCAGACUGCAAACCAGCGGCUACUGCAGCACGAACUUCAGCAGCUAGUCGACACUAUUUCGAUCACAUCAGAUCAGCUGGAGUCAUUGAGACGCGCUCCUAUAGGCAAGAUCAACGGGCUCAAGGAUAUUGAGUCUUCUUUGGUUCUGCUUUACAAAGCACUCAUUACGAUCGACCCUUCUUUCGUCGCCGGAGCUCGACAAGGCACGAUCAGCAGUGGACCAGGAUUUGGUAAUAGCGAUUUGGCAACGAUGCAAGCUCUGCAAGAGAAACGAGACAGGUACCUCAAUGAGGGAUCUAUGUUCCUCGAGAGGCUCAAGAAACAUAUGGAAAUCACGUUCGGCGCAGCCUUCUUGUCGACGAAAGAUGCACUUUCGAGACUCGAUGAUCAGGGAUCUGAGCCAUCUCUGAAGAGGAACGUAGAAGCGCAUGACGCAGGUCGAAACGAGUUAUGGAUGUUGAGCCCAAUCAUGCUGUUCGCAAAGGAAAUUGACAGGGCAGCAUGGGACUCACUACUACGCAUGUAUCAGACUCAAGCAGCGCAGGUGUAUCAACAAGAGGUUCGCGACAAUAUCCUGGCCUGGAGACGGUUUGCAAGAAAGCCCACUGGCGAGGAGCAAGAAUUGCUCUUUACCGCACAGGAGAAAGAACCGGAAACUACCUCUACACUAGGUACGGCAAGGAAGCUGACCGUUAAGCGAAGUCAGACCCUAGCUCGUGGCCUGAGGUCAGCUUCGGGGGACAAAGAUGGCAAGGCAAAGCCAGCGGCUCAAGACGGCAAAUUCCACGCAUUCAACGUCUUCGCUAGGAUCCUAGAAGACACCGGUCCGGUUCUUUUGACGGAGCAGAACUUUAUUACUGAGUUCUUUCAUGCUACUUCAACUGACUCGCUUGACUUCCCCGAGGCCGUGCAAGCCGCGCCUCCGGAAGCGCGUCGUGGACCCAACCUCUGGAUCCGUAAGCAGUUCGAGGCGGACCGAGUCAUGGCAAAACAUGUCACUGGUGUCAUGGAGGAGAUCUUCUCUUUCUGGCCCUCUGAGAUCCAGAGCCUUGUGGACUGGGCUACCAAAGCUGAUCCUCUGCAAGGUGUAGGCAUUCUUUGUGCUGUCGACCGGAAGUUGCUCGAUAUCGCAGAGACGGAUCAGGACUUCCUGACAAGGAACCUGCGUAAGAUACACGAACGUUUGCAAGGACUGUUCAGCCGCUUCUUGGACGAGCAGAUACGGGCCAUUGAAGAUACGAAGGUCAAGAUCAAGAAGCGCAAGGGUGUCAUCUCAUUCAUGAAGACCUUCCCGCACUUCUCUGUCGCGAUCGAGAACAUGUUGCCGCCUGCUUCAGAAGGCGGAGACAAGUUGGAAAUUCGCGACAUGGUUGACGAAGCGUACCAAAGGAUCAACAAGGCCAUGUUCGAGAGCUUGAAGGUCAUUGCCAAGGAGUCGCCCACCGUCAUGGCUUCCCAGGGACAGGGCGAUCCCGAAGACAAGGAGGCGCUCAACUACCACAUUCUGCUUAUUGAGAACAUGAACCACUACAUGGAGGAGGUUGAUGCCCGCUCGGUCAAUGUCCUAGAAUUCUGGAAGGGCAAGGCUCAAGACGAAUACAGCGAGCACAUGAGUCUGUAUGUCGACGCCGUCAUCCGGAGGCCACUGGGCAAACUUCUGGAAUUCAUCGAAUCAACCGAAACCCUCCUCUCCCAACCCGGCGCAAGCGCCCAAGCCAUUGCCCAACGCUCCUCCCAUUCGCGCUCAGUCUUCAAGAAACUAGUCCACUCCCACGACGCUAAGGAACUCCGCAAAGGCAUUGAAGCCCUCAAGAAGCGCGUCGACAAGCACUUUGGCGAUGCCGACGACCCGACUAUCAGCCGCGACCUCGUCUUCAAGGUCCUCAAGGAAUGCGAGAAGACAUACAACAAGGUAUCAGAGCGCAUGACGACUGUCAACCAAGAUGUAUAUAGUGGAGAGGUGGAGAUUGAUUGGGGCACCAAGGAGGUCGAAGCCGCGUUCAGGAGAUAG